AUGUCUGCUUGUUCCCAGGAGGAGGGGGUUUCGUUCUCGGACGCCGAUCGUCGCGGAUACGAAGGAGGCAGUGAUGACGAUUCCGAAAUCGGGAAGAGUCAACUGCGCAGCAGACGAACGGGGAGUGGUUUUGGGAAGGUGGUUGUGCAUCAAUUCGCAAAAGCGAAGAAGAAAAUACGCGGAGUUAGAAGCAGAAAGAGUCUUCUUGCGAAAUCGCGUUCGGGGAAUGACGAAGGUAAGUUGAUUGGUGUUGACGGUGACGUCAGUGAAAGAAGAUGGAGAGGGAAUGGGUGUAGGUUUUGCUUUUUGCGGCCCAAAGUGUUGGAAUCACCUAAUGAGUCUCCCACGAGUGAUCCCAAUGACCCUAAUUUCACUCAUGCCAUGUUGAGAACUUUGAUGGAAAAAAAUGAUUUCUAUUCCCAUGAAUGCAACCCUCACCUGGAUUAG